UGGCAAUCAAAUAGGUGAUGAAGGUGCAUCAGGCUUAGGUUCUGGUUUAGCAAAAUGCAUUAAUCUCUCAAAUUUGACACUUUAACUUUAUAGGAAUCAAAUUGGUGAUGAAGGUGCAUCAGGCUUAGGUUCUGGUUUAGCAAAAUUUACUAAUCUCUCAAAUUUGACACUUAAUCUUGAUGGCAAUCAAAUUGGUGAUGAAGGUGCAUCAGGCUUAGGUUCUGGUUUAGCAAAAUUUACUAAUCUCUCAAAUUUGACACUUAAUCUUGAUGACAAUCAUAUUGGUGAUAAAGGUGUAUCAGGCUUAGGUUCUGGUUUAGCAAAAUGCAUUAAUCUCUCAAAUUUGACACUUAACCUUAAUGACAAUCAAAUAGGUGAUGAAGGUGCAUCAGGCUUAGGUUCUGGUUUAGCAAAAUGCAUUAAUCUCUCAAAUUUGACACUUUAACUUUAUGGCAAUCAAAUUGGUGAUGAAGGUGCAUCAGGCUUAGGUUCUGGUUUAGCAAAAUGCAUUAAUCUCUCAAAUUUGACACUUUAACUUUAUGGCAAUAAAAUUGGUUAUGAAGGUGCAUCAGGCUUAGGUUCUGGUUUAGCAAAAUGCAUUAAUCUCUCAAAUUUGACACUUUAACUUUAUUGCAAUCAAAUUGGUUAUGAAGGUGCAUCAGGCUUAGGUUGUGCUUUAGCAAAAUGCAUUAAUCUCUCAAAUUUGACACUUGACCUUUUUGGUAAUUAAAUUGGUGAUGAAGGUGCAUCAAGCUUAGGUUGUGCUUUAGCAAAAUGCAUUAAUCUCUCAAAUUUGGCACUUAAUCUUCGUGGUAAUUAAAUUGGUGAUGAAGGUGCAUCAGGCUUAGGUUCUGGUUUAGCAAAAUGCAUUAGUCUCUCAAAUUUGACACUUAGUCUUUGUUGCAAUAAAAUUGGUUAUGAAGGUGCAUCAGGCUUAUUUUCUGGUUUAGCAAAAUGCACUAAUCUCUCAAAUUUGACACUUGACCUUGGUUGGAAUGAAAUUGGUGAUGAAGAUGCAUCAGGCUUAGGUUCUGGUUUAGCAAAAUGCAUUAAUCUCUCAAAUUUGACACUUAACCUUGGUGAAAAUUAAAUUGGUGCAAUGGGUGCAUCAGGCUUAGGUUCUGGUUUAGCAAAAUGCAUUAAUCUCUCAAAAUUUGAUACUUUACCUUUU